CGUGACAGAACUUGCUCCGCCCCUGUGUCUCUCCACGCUUCCCGUCGCUGCGCUGCAGCUCGGUAUUCACAGCUCAGCCUGUUGUGGAAACACAGCUGAACCGCCGCCGCAAGCCCUGUAAGCCGACACCUGUCUGCCGCCUCACCGCCCACCAAAUGCGCCUGCUGGAGGUCCUGCGGCCUUCCUCCUCCUCCUCCUCCUCGGACAUGAGGCGCAAACAGAAGCGGAGCGGAAAGCCGCCGCUCCCCGACCGCUUCGACAUGUCCAGCUUCGAGGUUUCCCUGCAGCAGCUCAACGACCUGCUGACGGACGACAGCGGCUUCUACAGCUGGCCCACCAAACACUUCCACGAGGUUUACCCGCGGAUCUACAUCGGCAACGCAUUUGUGGCGACUAACGUGAUGCGCCUCAAGCGCCUGGGCGUCACUCACAUCCUGAACGCAGCAGAAGGAAACUCCUACAUGCACGUCAACACCAAUGCGGAGUUCUACGUGGGCUCAGGAAUCACCUACCACGGCAUCCCGGCCAACGACACCGACCACUUCGACAUCAGCAUCUACUUCGAAGAGGCGGCGGACUUUAUCAAGAAGGCCCUGGCAUAUAAAAGUGGAAAAGGUAAAGUGUACGUGCAUUGCAGGGAAGGCUACAGCCGCUCGCCCACUUUGGUCGUCGCUUACCUCAUGCUUCACCAAAAAAUGGACGUCCACACCGCUCUGGCCAUGGUGCGGCAGAAACGAGAGAUCGGACCCAACGACGGCUUCCUGCGGCAGCUCUGUCGGCUAAACCAAAGGUUGGCCGCCGAGGGGAAACUGUGGAACAAAUGAGAGACGCGAGUCAACAGAAAUGUGUCGUAGGAAAUUGAAGUAUGCUCAGCUGUACUUUGUUUGCUUUCCGCUUGUUUGAAGCUUGAAGGGCCCACAGGCCGCUGAGAACAAGCUCAGAACAAAGUGAAACGUUUUGACCGAGGGUGAUAACAGGAAGUGUUGUAUCUACUGUAGAUUAACACACACACACACACACACACACGCCCACGCUGCCCUGUGUUGUGUCUUAGUUAUACAGAAAUGAACAUACCUCCGGGUCAUACACUACCUGAUUUGACCCAUUCAGAUCAGGUAAAAAAAAAAAAAAAAAUCUCCGAUUUUUUUAUCGGCGUUGUGUGAAUUUAAAAAUAUUCUUCCAGGCUUUCUACUUUACUUCAGCCAAAUUGGAAAAUUCACUUACUCAUUUACGAAGAGUUCUAAUGAUGACAAAAACUAAAAAUAAUAUAUGUCUUCAAAAAUGUGUUCUGUCAAUAACUCAAAGUUAGGUGAGUUUGCAUGGAAUGACCCUUUUUCAUAAACAUUGCUUAUAACUUGUUUAGCAUAGAACAGAUUAAUUAUUGUUACAUAUUUUCUGAAUAUCAGAUUUAUUACAGUUCAGUAGUUAUUUAUUAUGUUCUGUAUGGUUUGUUGUGUUUUAUUGAUGAUUAUCAGUUUAGUUAAUAGGCAUAUAAUAUAUUAUAAGAAGUAGUGAGACUUUAGAUAGUGUUACUGUCACAUCCAGUCUAAUUUGUCCUCCACCCGUCUGUCCCUGGGCCCCUCAUAUUGGCCCCUGUCCUGCUAACACUGCCUACUGUCUCAGUCACAGCCCCUCCCACUGUGAUUUUUAAUGUGGAAAACUACAGGAUUUUAUUACAGUAUUUUUGUCUAAUGUCUCUUCUGAACUCUUUGAACAGUGUGGCAUUCCCGUUUAGAAAUCUGCCUCAGACGUAUUUCUGAAUUAUUUCUUGUGGUUUCUGUGCUUUACAAAGAAUUUAUCACUUUUGCACAGAAAGCAAAAGAGAAUUUAUAUUAAUGAAGAGAAUGGAAAACAUUGUUUAGAUGUAGAAUUAGACGACCGUUGAAAUUGGCCUGGUAACUAUGAGAAGUAGCCAUUUUAAGCUCAACUGUAUACAUGGACAAAAAUACAAUGUUGAAUUAGUAUAAAAUUGUCAUGCACAAGGAAGCAUGUAUGGGGAAAGAAAAAUUAGUAAAUUGUAGCAUUCUGAUGUUGGUCUGGCCAUGAAACAAAAAAUCCUUAAAUUCUUUGCUUUAGAACACAAGUGAUUUUUAUACAAUACAAAUUAAUUAAAUUAUUAGAAUAGUAAAUGAAAAAAUUAAUACUGGUACACAAAAGACACGCAAAAGAAUGAAAAAAAAAUGAGUUUAAGCCAUUUUUAUACAAAGAAUCUAGUAGACAAUGCCUUUUAGCUUAGCAUAAACUCUGCAUUUUGUAGUUUGCGAUGAGCCGACAAACCUAAAACCAGUGAAGUGUUUAAUGUUGUAAAUAUCACUCUCCAAAACAUCAAAAUUAUACUAAUUGUGUAAUUAGGGUUACAAAUAGCUAAAUAAUUCGAAUAAAGAAAUGGCUUUUAGCUUAGCAUUAGUACUGUUGUUUUUGGGUAAUUAGCCUAAGUAGCCUCAAACCAGCUUUGUGUUUGGUGUGAAAAGAUGAGAAGUGUAGCAAUUUAUUCCUCUAGCUCUAAAAUUUCUGUAAAUAUGAAAGUACUGUGUAUGAGAUUAGUUCUUAAUUAAACUGUUGUAGCUUAGCUUAAACAUUAGGUUUUAGAGUCCGUGUUACGCUAGCUAACCUAAAGGCAGCUUUGUUUUUUGUGCUUACACAUAAGAGAGGUAGCUUUAAAAUCCAGUAUUUCUAACAAUAUUAACAUAGUUAACUGUUGACUAAUUUAAGUAAAAUGUCAGUUAAGCACCUGCAAUAAGAAAAGGAUUCCCAUAAAAACUGUUAAUAGAUGUUUCUUUCACAUACAGCAGUGCAGCUCUACUUUGAAUGUAACUCUACUGCUGCCAGAAUGUCAGAAAGUCAAACUGCAAGUUUUUAACUUUUUAGUCAACACCUUUUGCACAAUAGAGUGUUGACAUGUUUGUAUUUUUGGCAUCUUAAAUACAAUUUUAUAUUGUUAAGUUGCAUGCUUUGUGACAUUUGUCAGCCCAAGUGUUGCUUACAGUCCUUAAUGGACACAGCUGCGUCUCUGUGUGUUAAUGUGCAUUACUCAGUGUGCAUUAUUUGUCACAGUGUGCUCUAUUGUGCCUAUAUCUUGUGAAUCAUGAUGUACUUUACUGAUGGUGUAGCCUAAUUGGUCAAAUCAGAAGACUUAGAUUUUGACUCAGCUUUGAUGAAGUGCACUUUAUCUAAUGACACUUGAGAUUGUUGUUGCUCUCUUUUCAUACAUGAAAUAAAAAAUGUAAAAAUAA